AUGGCCUUCUCAACCUUAGAAUUGAUCUCGUCGCUCAAUGUUGAUUCCAAGCAAAUAACUAAGUUUCUAUGGCGAAGCUUCGUCGUUCUUAUUUUUUGUGUUAUUUUAAGAAAUGUUAUCGUUUGGACUUAUCGAUUAUUUUUCCAUCCAUUAUCCAGAUAUCCAGGCCCUUUGCUAGCCAAAGUCUCAGACAUUUAUGGCGCUUAUCACAAUUUUCGAGGACAGCUUCAUAUCGAAUCUCAUAAAGCACACGAACGAUAUGGGAGAUUUGUAAGACAAGGACCUAACAAGCUUAUUGUGAAUAGCCAAGAAGGACUUUACAAUUUGUAUUUUUCGAAAAGUGUCCAGAAAUCAUAUGGUUACCAAACUAUGCUACCUGCACCAGGAGCCUACAAUGUUUUCACGGCCAUCGAUAAAGACCUUCAUAAAUUCAAACGCAAGGUUCUCAGUCAAGGCUUCGCCGAUUCAAGCGUGCGCUCAUUUGAACCAACCAUUCUGAAUCAUAUCAACAUAUUCGUACAAUAUAUCAAGGACUCCGCAGCUAAAUCUGGCGGCGAUGGAUGGUCGGCUCCUAUCAACAUGACCGAACGCUGUAGAUACCUCGGGUAUGAUGUGAUGGGAGAGUUCGGGUUUGGGCAAUCUUUUGAACUUCAGAAGAGCUCAAAAAACGAUUUUCUUAUCAAGGCAGUCGAAGCCACGAGUAUAAAAGCUGGUAUUUACGUCCAGUACCCACGCUUGGCGAAGCUAAAGCUAGAGACAAUUCUAGCACGACGAACGGCUAAGAUGCGCGAGAGAUACCUUGAGCUCAUGGCUGGACUGGUUCGAACCAGAUUAGCUUCGGGAAAAGGUUCUCACCAAGAUCUAUUUUCCUUCGUUAUUGAUGCCAAGGAUCCGGAUACUGGGAAGGGAUUCUCUGAGAACGAACUGUGGGCUGAGAGUCGAUUCCUUCUCAUAGCAGGCGCCGAUACAACCUCCACUGCUCUCACAGCAUUGUUCUUUUACCUUUCCCGAAACAAAGCUUGCUACGGGAAACUAGUAGCAGAAAUCCGAAGAACCUUUGACUCGGCCUCGGAAAUCCAAACGGGACCACGACUUGCGAAAUGCCGUUAUUUGAGAGCAUGUAUUGAUGAAUCAAUGAGAAUGUCACCACCUAUUAGCAGCACCCUCUGGCGUACGAUCAAUGCAGCAGAUGGCGUUUGGAUAGACGGCAACUAUAUACCUAAAGGUAUCGAUAUUGGAGUCUCCCCAUAUGCUUUCCAUCACAAUGAGGAAGUCUUUCCAGAUUCAUACGAAUUCAACCCAGAUCGCUGGAUUGAAUCGCCGGAAAACAGCAGUGAAGCGAUCGAAAAAGCUCGAGCAGCAUUUAGUCCCUUCUCAAUUGGCACAAGAGCUUGUGCAGGGAGAACAAUGGCUUACACUGAAAUCAGUGAUACUAUAGCAAGAACUCUUUGGUCCCUGGAUAUUAAGCCUACAGAGGGAUCAAUGGGCAAGAUUGGUGAAGGGAUUGAGGGGUCUGGCAAAGGCUACGAUCGCAUGGGAGAAUUUCAACUCAAGGAUCACAUUACAUGUUGUCACAAUGGACCAUACUUGCAGUUUAAAUUACUCGAUGUUAUUCAUGAUCACGGGCUGCUGGCCCUCUUACUUGCUGCAAUCGUAUACUUAUUUGCGGAAGCCAUCUACAAUAUUUACUUCCAUCCAUUGGCCGAUGUGCCAGGUCCAUUCUGGUGCAAAGUCUCGGGCUGGCCUUCUUGCUAUCAAGCAUCGACCGGGUAUCGUCACAUUUGGAUUUGGCAAAAUCACGAAAUUUACGGUGACAGAUUUCGUUACCGGCCAGAUGGAGUCCUGAUAGCCACCCCUAAGGGAUACCAUGAAAUUUACAAUUCCAAGGCGAACGUGAAGAAGGCUAAGUGGUACGAGGUCUGGCGGAGAAACAAUGAAGAUUACAAUGCGUUGAAUACGACCGACCCUCACAAACAUAUGGUGUUGCGAAAACCCUUAAACAGCGCCUUCUCAGAAAAGUCGUUGCGUUCGUCGGAGCCCUUCAUUAUCAAAAAUGUUGACCGCUGGAUUGAGCUCAUGCUAGAUGGUAAAAAGACCAAAGGCACAACUGAGUGGGCGACGCCGAAGAAUCUGGGCGGUGAAUGGGUUGAUUACCUUGUUUUUGAUAUACUAGGCGAUUUAUGUUUUGGGAAGUCUUUUGAGACAAUAGAACCCAAGGAGAACCCACUUCGUCAGAUUCCACAUAUCAUUGGCGAGUAUUUGCAGUUCAUGUAUCCGAUUUCGAAUUCACCCUUCGUUAACACAUGGGUUUGGCUCAAGCCUCGCGGCAUUGAUACGUUACUUGCUAUGGUUACUCCGAAGCCUGUGAUUAAUUUCUAUAAAUUUCUAGAAACAUGCGUAGAAGAGCGUGAGAAGCAAGAGCAAAGUACAAAAAGGAGCAGCACGGAAAAUGAACGGAAAGAUAUGUUCCACUACUUGUUCCAGGCCAAAGACUCUGAGACUGGCGCUCCCGCCUUCAAUCACACCGAACUCGUAGCGACAGCCAAUCUUCUGGUAACAGCUGGCUCAGAUACAACUGCCACUGCUCUUUGCAGCGCUUUUUUCUACUUAACACGAAACUUGCAUAUUUACGAAAAGCUUGUGAAAGAGAUACGAGACACCUUCUCUUCAACCGACGACAUCCGCUCCGGUGUGGCUCUUUCCAAUUGCCAGUAUCUACAAGCCUGUUGUCUUGAGGCUAUGCGAAUGUCACCAAGUGGACCAUCAGAGCUUCUACGUCAAGUCCUUCCCGGUGGUGUUGAAGUCGACAGUCAUUGGUAUCCAGAAAACACUCUGAUCGGUGUCCCAAGCUACUCGUUACACUACCACCAGGAGACGUUCAAAGACCCAUUCGUCUUUCGGCCUGAGCGCUGGAUACCAAAUGACGAACUAGGUAUUUCUGCUGAGCAUGUUGCUGCUCUCCAAGAAUCAUUCAAACCCUUUUCUAUCGGGCCUGGUCAGUGUCCUGGUAAGAACAUUGCUUUGCUUGAGAUGUAUAUGACUUUGGCUCGGACGAUUCAUGGUUGCGAUGUUCGUCGAUCAGUUGAUGAUAUAUCGAGCCGUGGAUCCGGUAAACCUGAGUAUAUUUGGGGACGGAGAAAUAAAAAUCAAUAUCAAGUUGUGGACGCCUUUCUUGCUCUGAGAAAUGGACCGGUAAUUCAGCUUCGUCGAAGAGCAAACUCAUGA